AUGGCGUCUAAAAACGCUGAAAAGAUUGAAGUUGGAACGAUUGAGGUGAAGGUGAUACCGUCAAAUGGCGCCCCGGAGAAGGCCACACUCCUGACAGUCCAACCUCAGAAAUCUAUCUUGCCGGUGAUGUUUGAAAGAUCGGCCAAAUCAUUUUGGAACCCCAGAUUUGAUUCGGACGUGUUGGAGAAAUAUCACAAGGAAAUAUCACUUCAACAGACACUACGCAUCUUUCGGUAUGCACUUUUAUACGUUGCACUGUCCUGUGCUGCUUGGGCUCUUUUUGUAGGCUUCCAUCCCUUAUUUGUGCACAACCACAGAUGCUUCCUCAUUGGUUUGUUAGCAUUGUUUGUAAGCGUGGUUGUUAUCUUCAUUAUUUCCUUCACCAAAUAUUAUGGGAAAACUCAGACUGGACUGUCAGUUGUGCUGGCAUUUGUCCUAAGUCUCUUCAGUUUGAUUUUUUAUUAUCGUGCUUCUGAGGGUGACAUGUCAUUCGUUGCUAUUUUUAUUGGCUGUGUUGAGAUUAUUCUCUUGAUUUACACAUUCAUCCCCAUGCCAAUGUUUUUCUGUCUGGCAAUUGGAGUGGUGUACUCAAUCAUAUUUGAGGUUUUGUCGGCCAUCUUGACUCCAAUCAAUAAUGUCUACUACAUAAUUGGACGUAUUUUGUUGCAUAUUGCCAUUCACUCUCUGGGAGUUCACUUGUUUGUGAUAUCCCAAGUGAGACAGAGGAGCACUUUCCUGAAGGUGGGUCAGUCAAUCAAGUCAAGAAGAGAUGUGCAAACAGAGAAACAGUUCAAACAAGACAUGAUUCACUCUCUUAUGCCUCCGAAAGUUGCUCAAGAAGUCAUGAGUUCUCGUGAUCCGAAGGGAGGUUCAACAGGAGAUGGCAAUGAAAAGACUCCCCAAGUUCAAAUGGGUCUAGGUGGGGGCCCAAUGACAUUUCGUUCUUUCCACAUGUCCAAGAUGGAAAAUGUCAGCAUAUUAUUUGCAGAUAUUGUCGGGUUCACUAAGAUGAGUUCCAACAAAUCAGCAGAGCAUCUGGUCAGUCUGUUGAGUGAUCUCUUUGGCAGGUUUGAUGAUAUCUGCUACAAGUGUGGCUGUGAAAAAAUUAGUACACUUGGGGAUUGCUACUAUUGUGUGUCUGGAUGUCCCGAACCUAGACCCGACCAUGCGAGGUGCUGUGUGGAGAUGGGGCUGUCCAUGUGCAUUGCCAUCAAACAGUUUGACGAAGACCACAAAGAAGAAGUGAACAUGCGUGUUGGCGUGCACACGGGGACAGUCCUCUGCGGAUUGGUUGGCACGAGGAGGUUCAAGUUUGACGUGUGGUCUCACGAUGUUACAAUUGCAAACUCCAUGGAAUCUGAAGGCAGGCCUGGUUGCGUGCACAUCUCCGACUACACGUACAAAUUUGUGAAAGAUGAUUAUGUUGUUGAGAAAGGAGAGUCAGUACCAGGUUCGUUGGUUGGUUGGUCGAUUUGUUGGUUAGUUAGUUGGUCGAUUGGAUGA